ACAAUGUUUAAGAGCGACACUAAGGGCGAGGGCGAGAGGCAGCCGAGGAAAGUCCGAUUUAGAAUUGCAUCUUCUCAUAGUGGGAGAGUGCUAAAGGAGGUGUAUGCCGAUGGAGAAAUAUCUGAUUCCCUGGAUUCUGAAUGCACUAGCAGCACAGAAACUGACCCAAACAGCCGACUGAGCGAAUCGGAUGGACAGCAUAAUGGAAACCUAGGAUCCGAAUGGGACGAAAAUGAGAAUGAGACCGAUAUGUUCAUUUUAAUGAGAGCCGCCAAAGAGAGGGGAUUUGGCACUAAAAGAGUCAACAUCCUCAGCAAAAAUGGUACAGUUAGAGGAGUCAAGCACAAAGUCAGUGCUGGUCAAGUACUCUUUGACAAUCUAACCAAAGUGUUUGAGGUAUCUUCAGUUCUGGAAUACGGCCGCAUAGUAAUUUACACAACCAGCCUCCGCGUGGUGAGAACAACUUUUGAAAGAUGUGAGUUGGUUCGAAAGAUCUUCCAAAACCACAGAGUGAAAUUUGAAGAGAAAAACAUUGCACUGAACAGUGACUAUGGAAAGGAACUAGACGAGAGAUGCAGAAGAGUAGGUGAAAUCCCAUCAGUACCAGUUGUGUUUAUUGAAGGCCAGUAUCUGGGGGGUGCUGAGAAAAUUUUGUCAAUGAAUGAAUCAGGGGAACUGCAGGACCUCUUCACCAAAAUUGAGAGAGUUCAACACCCCCAUGAAUGCCUCUCAUGUGGGGGCUUUCGUUUUCUUCCGUGCUCAGCGUGCCAUGGGAGCAAGAUGUCGGUGUUUCGGAACUGUUUUACGGACUCAUUCAAAGCCCUCAAGUGCACCGCUUGCAAUGAGAAUGGGUUGCAACGCUGCAAGAGCUGCCUGAGCUCGUGA